CCACAACCGCUAUCAAAAUAAUUUUAAAAUUCCAAAAUAUCAAUUACAACAAAGUUUGUAGCUCAUUAUAAAAACACCAAAAAAUUCAAUGUCAUUUCCAACGCAUCAAUUUUCUUAUCAGUCGUAACAACAAAUAUACUAUCAAUCCAAUUAAUCACGCACUUUAUCAAAACUAUAUUUAUCUAGCCCAAUAGAUAAUCGUAUCGUAUUCUUUCAAAACCUGUACAGUUAACAACAAACACCUCAUCGCUAACCUUGACACCCAAACCAUUUGAUUUAAAUCCAGCUGAUGAAACACAACCUAACAAAAUACAAGUGGUUAAACGUAAACACAAGCUUGUAUAUAAAUUCUCGGCAGUUUUGAUCGAACCUCAAAUCGAAUAUUAGUCUUUUAAACACAAUGACUGUUAAAGUCUUGAUAAUUAGCGCUCUGCUUGCCCUAGUGGCAGCAAAAGAUUUCGAUGAUCAUUUGGAGCAACAUGUAGAGGAGCCCAACAUGGGAUCAAGAUCUACAAACUAUCGCUGGGGGACCCUCCAAAGAGUGGGAACUGCGUUUCGUACUUCCGUAAUUGUCACAGAAGAAAAGACUUCUAAUUAUCACGGGUGCGUUGGAGUUCCCGUCAGCAAACAGCAUGUUCUGAUCUCAAGAGCCUGUAAUCUCAAUCUGAACAAGAAGCUUGUCGCCGUAGCUGCUGGAGCCGUCAAUUGGGAACAGGAGAAUUCUUUCCGUCAUGUUAGGAAAGUUGACUCCUUAGGAGAGAAUAUUCUUGUUGUUACUUUGCAAAAUGAAAUCGAGGAGGGUAUCAUGGUCUACAGCCUGCCAGCAGAGAAACUUCGGCGAGGAGCUUCUUAUCUUUCCUUUGGAUGGACUCCUUUGUGCACUCCAAUUGCUAAGAUUGCUAAGCAAACCUUCAAGAAGGAGAUUUUGAUCGUUGAUGAUGAAAAUUGUAAGAUUAGUGAUGAUAAUCACGCUUGUGGGGAAGAAGUUUCACGCAAGGUCGGUGCUGGAUCUCCCGUUAUUAGAGGGUUCACUGUUUAUGGAUUCACUGAUUUCGAAUGCUCCAAGAAGGGAUCCAUUGAUGAAGUGUUUCCAUUUGUUGAUUCUAUUAGGAGUCUUAUUGCAAACUAAGGCAUAUAUUGUUCAAUUUUCAUUUUUUUUGUAAUUAAUUUGUAACAGUAUUUUAUGAUUAUCUUUUGUGGAUCUAAUGAAAUAAAUUGCAUUUAUUAACCA